AUGGUUUUCGAUACAUUGGUUGGCUCGAAUGUUGGCUCGAUGGGUGACGAUGCAGAUGUCAUGUCAGAACUGUCAUCAAUUCACCAGAGACCGGACAUCCCAACCCGUAUGCAGAGAAGAGCGAUAGUGUUGAACCUUCCCGCUGCAGGGUUUCGGAAACGUACAUCUGCAGCACAUCGGUCUAAACCGACUGUCGUACUACCACCCACUACAUCUACGCCGACAAGCCAAGCUUUUGUUUGUCGCUGCGGAACAGAGAUAGAGGAAGAGAGACAACCGGCCUUGUUUCCGGCCGCCGUGGCUCAUUCUCUGCAUCUCUUAAAGCGUUUCCGGCUUGAACAUGACCCACUCCGCGGCGCCUGUAACGCAGUCUUAAACAUUCUUACGCCUUGCGUUCAUCGAUAUGCUCAUGACCAAGAAGCUGAGCCUAAGCUGCCGAGACAUUCGUUCAGCAUUCGGAUGGAAAAGGUGUUACGGCUCGGAUAUCGAUUCCAGCCAUACGUUUCCCAGCUCGGAUAUCUGAUAGUUCUCCAAAGUCUCCACUGGGGCUCCACUACUGAAACCGUCAUCCGCCCCUCCCCCUCACACCUAUCCCCCGCAUUUUCCGUCCUGCUUGACAAAACCCACGGUUCAAUAAUCCCCGAAACUAGCGCCCAGGUGGGGAAUUUCGUCUCUGGUUUCUUUGAACGAGGCCAAGAUAUCUGUGUUACGCUGGAGGGCAAGAUCCACUUCGGGUAG